GAAAUACAAAAGAAAUCCUAACAUUAUUGUAUCCACUCUAAGAAUUUGGCUUUCUUUUCGAAAGAAAUACAAAAAAAAAUCUGAAACACUUUCGAAUAAUUUGUUGAUUACCUUCUUCUUUUAUAUUCCUUGUGAUCUGCUUUACAGUUUUAUACAUACACAUUUGAUUGGACCAUUGGUUCGGUAUUCUUAAACGACCGGAGAUUUAUCCACACAACGUCUUCUCGCAGCCAAACACAUCAAACUACACAUGUUCUUCUUGUGUAGAAAACUCUCACUUUCACGAUUCCGACACCAUUUUCCUCUCAGACUCCGUCGUUUUCUUGGGGAAAACCCAAAUCCAACUACCCAUUUCUCUACAUUACCCGACAAUCAAACAAAACGACCAGAGAAGUCGAGACUCGACGGCGUAGAACACAAAACCCUAAAGGUAAAUGGCAUAAACAUGCACGUGGCGGAGAAACCCGGAUCCGGAUCCGGAGAAGAUCCGAUCAUACUCUUCCUCCACGGAUUUCCGGAGCUUUGGUACACGUGGCGACACCAGAUGGUUGCGCUCUCUUCCUUGGGAUACCGUACGAUCGCGCCGGAUCUUCGUGGGUACGGAGACACAGAAGCGCCAGAGAAAGUUGAAGACUACACUUACUUAAACGUGGACGGAGACGUGGUCGCACUAAUCGACGCCGUGACCGGCGGAGACAAGGCGGUUUCUGUUGUUGGUCAUGACUGGGGAGCGAUGAUUGCGUGGCAGUUGUGUCAAUACCGACCUGAGAAAGUCAAGGCUCUGGUCAACAUGAGCGUACUCUUCUCUCCGAGGAACCCUGUUCGAGUUCCGGUUCCGACACUGAGACACGUGUUCGGUGAUGAUUAUUAUGUCUGCAGAUUUCAGAAAGCUGGAGAGAUAGAGACAGAGUUCAAGAAGUUGGGAACAGAGAAUGUGUUAAAAGAGUUCCUCACAUACAAAACCCCUGGACCGCUCAAUCUCCCCAAAGACAAAUAUUUCAAACGCUCAGAAAACGCUGCGUCUGCGUUACCACUGUGGUUAACACAAGAAGACCUUGAUUAUUACGUCACUAAGUACGAAAACAAAGGCUUCACCGGACCCAUUAACUACUACCGCAACAUUGACCGAAAUUGGGAGCUGACUGCACCAUGGACCGGUGCUAAGAUCCGUGUACCGGUGAAGUUCAUAAUCGGAGAUCAGGAUUUGACGUACAAUUUUCCGGGGGCUAAGGAAUACAUCAACGGUGGCGGUUUCAAGAGAGAUGUACCAUUGUUAGACGAAACCGUCGUGCUCAAAGGAUUGGGACAUUUCCUACACGAAGAAAACCCUGACGUGAUCAAUCAACACAUUCACAACUUCUUUCACAAGUUCCUUUAAAAUCAUAAACUAAGGAAUCGUUAAAUAAAACAAAAAUAACAUUCGUGUGUUUUACCGGUUAGUGAAAAUCUUAUGUCCAAUAAAUACCGGGAAAAUCGGAGUAAACCGGAUUUAAUCUUGAUCGGACCGAUUAAUAUGAAAUUAAGAAUUUUC